ACCUGUAAGUUAGCUUCUAAAUGUUCCCUUGUAAUAGCUUUGUUCUGAAGAUGACAUUUAUCUUCUGUAUCUGUUGCGAUACAACUUCAGUUUUUCUCUUCCCCCCUGUUUCCCCCAAAAGACAAGUCUUUGCUACUUGCUGUAAUCAUAUAUUUUUGUAAACCGUAUACCAUUCUUUUUAUUUUAACUGUAUCUCCAUAAACUCCUGUGUUGCUUUUGGUAAUAUUUCCCCUUGAUUUAUAAGCAUCAGCUCUCAGCAAGGGCUUGGUGGUUUUGCUCUGCCCUUGCUGUUGCUUUUGAGAGCUAGCCUGAUGAAGUGAAUUAGUCUUGUCCCUGACUGUCACCAGUGAGGGAGGUUUGCUGGCUUUACAGCUGUCUGGCCGUGCUGAUGCCACAGGUAGUUUACAUCAAGAACAAUGAACUUGGUGGUCAGAGAGAGCCACAGCUCUGCCUGUUCAGUCCUCCACCUAUGCAACAGGAUGACACAGAAGAAAAUUCCAAUGACGGCAGCCAGCCAUCCAAAAGACGACGUAUGGGCUCAGGGGACAGUUCUCGGAGCUGUGAAACUUCUAGUCAGGACCUCGGAUAUAGCUAUUUUCCUGAUGAAAACUUGAUAGAAUACAAGUGGCCACCAGAUGAAACAGGAGAAUACUAUAUGCUUCAGGAGCAAGUCAGUGAAUAUUUGGGCGUGACUUCCUUUAAAAGAAAAUAUCCAGAAAGACGAGAUCUAUCUCACAAGGAGAAACUCUACCUCAGAGAACUAAAUGUUAUCACGGAGACUCAGUGCACACUAGGUCUAACAGCUUUGCGUAGUGAUGAAGUAAUUGAUCUUAUGAUUAAAGAAUACCCUGCCAAACAUGCCGAGUAUUCUGUUAUACUGCAAGAGAAAGAACGUCAGCGAAUAACAGAUCAUUAUAAAGAGUACUCUCAAAUGCAGCAGCAGAACACACAGAAAGUAGAAGCCAGUAAAGUUCCAGAAUAUAUUAAAAAAGCUGCCAAGAAAGCUGCAGAAUUCAACAGCAAUUUAAACCGAGAGCGGAUGGAAGAAAGAAGAGCCUAUUUUGAUUUACAGACACAUAUUAUCCAGGUGCCUCAAGGAAAGUACAAAAUCUUACCUACAGAGAGAACAAAGGUUAGUCCUUAUCCAGUGGCUCUCAUACCCGGCCAGUUCCAGGAAUACUACAAAAGAUACUCUCCAGAUGAACUUCGUUACUUGCCGUUAAACACAGCUCUUUAUGAACCUCCUUUGGAUCCAGAGCUACCUGCUUUAGACAGUGAUGGAGAUUCAGAUGAUGCAGAGGAAGGGCGAGGUGAUGAAAAACGGAAACCCAAAGGCAAUUCGGACAAUUCGUCUGGCAAUGUAUCUGAAGGUGAUUGCGCCACAGACAACCAGGAGGAUUCUUUUCAGGGAAGACAAAAAACAAGAGACAAAAGUGCUACUCCAAGAAAAGAUGGUUCCAAACGUUCUGUAUUAUCCAAAUCAGUUCCUGGGUACAAGCCAAAGGUCAUUCCAAAUGCUAUAUGUGGAAUUUGUCUGAAGGGUAAGGAGUCCAACAAGAAAGGAAAAGCUGAAGCUCUUAUACAUUGCUCCCAGUGUGACAACAGUGGCCACCCUUCUUGCCUUGAUAUGACCCCGGAGCUUGUUGCUAUGAUUAAGACUUACCCUUGGCAAUGUAUGGAGUGUAAAACAUGCAUUAUAUGCGGGCAGCCUCACCAUGAAGAAGAAAUGAUGUUCUGUGACGUAUGUGACCGUGGUUAUCACACUUUUUGUGUGGGGCUUGACGCCAUCCCUUCAGGUCGCUGGAUUUGUGAUUGUUGUCAGAAAGAGCCUCCCGUACCCAGAAGAGGAGGAAGAAGGGGGAAAAACAGCAAGGAGGGCUAAAAAAAAACCCCAAAAAAC